AACUAUCAUAAAGAUACAAACCUUCUUGGUGAAUUAUCUGAUAUUUCAAACCCAAAGCAACUUGAAGAAGAGCUUUGUAAAUACUUUACUGUAUGCUGUAAGACUAAUGGUGACGAAUAUUCUGUCGCAUCACUUCAAUCUGCAAUUAAUGCAUUAAAUCGGUAUUUUAAUGAUGAGACAAGUAAAUUAAAACCAAUUGACCUAAAUGACAAAAAGGCACACCCUGAUCUUUGGUGUACAUUAAAUGGAAAAAUUAAAACGUUGUCUUCAAGUGGGUUUGGGGAAUCAAAUGGUUCUGAUGCUUUAACAAUUGAUGAAGUUCAACAAAUUUUAUCGUAUUCUCAAACAUCAAGACUUAAUCCCCAAGGAUUACUAAAUAGAGUUUUCUUUUUUAAUGCACUUUGUCUUGGUCUACGUGGUGGAGAGCAUUUUUUAUUAGAACUUUUUUCUUUUAAAAAAAAAGAUUCUGGUGGUUAUGAAGUUAAACUUUACCGAUCAAAAACAAACCAAAGAAGUCUUGAAAGUCCUGGUGUAGCAGAGACAUUUUCUAUUCCACCAAUCUUUGACAUUGCAUUCUUUAAACGACUAGUAAUAUCAUGUGAUAUUGAUAUUUCUGGUCGGAAGAUUACUAAUCAAACUGGGCGCAAAACCUUAAUUCAAAUUCUAAAAGCACUUGGAUUAUCUGAUUAUGAAACAAUGUCAAUUUCAUGCCAUAAAUCAUUAAAAGGAUUAGCAUCUUAUGAACGUCUGAUUAAUCAUGUACAAGAACUUGAAUAUAAAGCUUUAGAUAAAGUGAUUAAUUAUGAAAAAAGUCAGUCACAUAAUAAGCUAACACAAAUGAACUUGUCUCAGAAUGAAUCAAUUGAAGAAUUUAAACAACUUCUUAGUGGUGCCACGUUUAUUAAUUCUUCA